GCCAGAGGUGCUUCUUGUUGAGUGUCGGCGCCAGGGCAGUUCCGAGGGUGACGCCCCCCCCCAAUGCUGGGGGCCGAGGGAGAGGAGGAAAGGGAAGCGCCGAUAGGGCGGGAGGUUGCAGGGAAUGGGCGGAGCUGGGCUGAUGCAAUGGGCCUGUCGGAAUCGGUACCAUGUGGUUGUUGGCGGGAUGGAGCGGUGAUGGCGGCGGCAGAAUCGGCUCGGGGCCGGCGGUCUGAGGUAAAUGUCAGGUUGAAUUUAUUCUGCGACUGAGGGGCUCUGCCUGCUGAGUCUUUCGGGCUGUUUGGGUUGCGUGCUGCUCCAAGGUGAACGUCUCAUUUCCUGCAGUCCAUUCUGAACUGGACAUCGCUGCUUGUCUCCUGCUUGGACUCUGCUUUCUCCCCUAUGGAAGCAACCUGAACACCCGUUCCACUGCAAAUGCUUAGAGCUGAAGGAAGACCACCGGCAGCUGUGUGAAGGACUUGGAGCAAAGCUGGAGUGGAAGCUAGUUCCUUGAAAGCUUGCUGCCGCUCAGCCACAUCUCCUUCACGUUGUCCUCUAAUGGAAAAGAACAAGACGGAUUCCCAGAGUGUCGAUGCAACUGAGUCCAGCACGGGGCUAGUGCUGGAGCAGCCUCACAGACCUGCAUGGGGGAACAAGCUGCAGUACAUCCUUGCCCAGGUGGGAUUCUCCGUGGGACUCGGAAAUGUCUGGAGAUUCCCGUAUCUCUGCCACCAGAAUGGGGGUGGCGCGUUCCUUUUCCUCUACCUAAUUCUGCUGGGGGUGAUGGGAAUCCCGCUGUUUUUCCUGGAAUUGGCAGCUGGACAGAGCAUUCGCCAAGGCAGCAUUGGAGUCUGGAAGCACAUUAACCCAAAGCUGGCUGGCAUUGGAUUUGCCAGUUGUAUGGUCUGCACCUUUGUCUCGCUCUACUAUAAUGUCAUCAUUGCCUGGAGUCUCUUCUACUUUGGUCACUCCUUCCAGUACCCACUGCCCUGGGAAUCGUGUCCCUCUCUCCCCAACAACACAGGAGUAGUGACCGAGUGCAGUGAGAGCUCUCCCACCACUUACUUCUGGUACCGUGAAGCCUUAAAAAUCACCAGCUCCAUCAAUGAGAGCGGAGGCCUGGACCCCACCAUGACGGGCUGCCUGCUUGCUGCGUGGGUCAUUGUGUGCCUUGCAAUGAUCAAGGGAAUAAAGUCCUCAGGGAAGGUCAUGUACUUCAGUUCCCUCUUCCCUUACCUCGUGCUUUUCUGCUUCCUCGUUCGAGGUCUCCUGCUGGAAGGGUCAGCGGAUGGAAUUCGCUACAUGUUCACUCCGAAGAUUGAAAUCUUGGUGGACACUCAAGUGUGGCGUCAGGCUGCAACGCAAGUCUUCUUUGCCUUGGGUCUGGGCUUUGGCAGUGUCAUUGCUUAUUCCAGCUACAACUCCCACACCAAUAAUUGCCAUUUUGAUGCCUAUCUUGUCUCCAUCAUCAACUUCUUCACAUCUGUGUUUGCCACGCUGGUUGUCUUCGCCGUGCUGGGCUUCAGAGCAAAUGUCCUCAUUCAGAAAUGUCUGCAAAGGAACAGUCUUCUAGUGACAGAUCUGAUUGAUAGUGGAGUUUUAAAAAGAAGUUUGAUCCCUGAGUCUUUAAACUUUUCAAUGGCAUCGCACGAGCAAUACAGCAAGUGGUUUGACUCUCGGAGAUCGGAGCUGGUCCCUUAUGGUAUCCAGCAGUGUGACCUCAAAAAAGAAAUGCAAAAGGGUGCUGAGGGCACAGGACUUGCCUUCAUUGCUUUCACCGAAGCCAUCACACACUUCCCUGCAUCGCCAUUUUGGUCUCUCCUGUUUUUUCUGAUGCUACUGAACUUGGGAAUGAGCACAAUGUUCGGAAACAUGCAGGGAAUUCUCACUCCACUCCUUGACAACUUCCCCUCGCUGUCCCGGAGGAAGUCGCUCUUCACAGUGUUCUGCUGUACCCUGGGGUUUAUUACUGGAAUGAUCUUUACACAGCGAUCGGGAAAUUACUUUGUCACCAUGUUUGAUGAUUACUCUGCGACACUGCCUCUGAUUAUCGUUGUCCUGUUUGAACUGAUAGCCGUCGCCUGGAUCUAUGGAACUGACAGGUUUAUGGAUGACAUCCAGGCAAUGAUUGGUCGUCGGCCUUUCUUUCUGUACAAGUACUUGUGGAAAUUCAUCUGCCCCAUUAUUAUGGUGGCUCUACUUCUUGCCAGUCUGAUCCGUAUGUGCAUCAAACACCCAACAUAUCGAGCAUGGAAUCAAACCAAGGCAGAGGAAGAGUUAUUGGAGUAUCCGGACUGGGCAUUGGCUAUGAUGAUCCUCCUGAUUAUAGUCGCCUCCCUGCCCAUCCCCCUCAUGUAUAUCCGGCAAGUGCUGCUGGACAGACAGAUCAGUCGCACGGACUACUCCGAGUGUGUCUACAUCGGGGCUGAUGCAGGAGAUGAGGCUUCCUUCCCCCUGAAUGAGAAUGACAAUGAGGCAGUGGGGCCAAACGGCUACCUGAAAGUUGAGACCGAAGAGGAAGGUAUGGAGAGGUCCGAGCUGCUCUCGGACGAGGAAGGAGAGGAGGACGUGUUUGAAAUGGGCGACAUGUCACAGGACAAAAAUCAUGAACUGGAUUUGAAGGUGUAGCUCCUGUGGAGCUUGUUCUGUUUAGGAAACUUCAGGCCUUUCUACAAAAUAUAUGGUGCAAAAAAUUUUAAACACAGCCACCCAUUGGUAUUGAUCUGGGUGGGGGUGUUUCAUUGCCAAUCAGGUUGGGUUUGGAGGUGAUUGUCCUGGCCAGCAGAACAUUUUCUCUCUACCCAUUACAUCCUAAAGAGACAUUGUUCCUUCAGAAAGGAUCUUCCCAUAUAAUGGGUACUGCCUUUACUAAAGUUUCACUUCAGCAACAACCUACUAGAAUUAAGUUAUAUUUUGCAUGAGAAGAAUCACUAAUUAUACAGAAAAAAAACACAGCAUGGUACAAGAAGAGUGAGUUCCCAAAGGGAAGUAAAACUUUGAAAACAAUAUUGACCAUUGGUUUAGGAGCUGGGGAGGGGGGUGAGUUUGCGGUAAAAGUGGGAGUAGCAGGGGGGUGGGGAGAAACAAACCUGUACAGCGCGUGAAAAUGGAUCCCAUGGCUAGGGAUUGUGAGACUCAAACUAAACACUGUUUAGUUCAACAAUUAGUUAUUUAAACACACUGUUGGGGAUGAGAUAUUCUGGGGUCUCCCACAGAAGAGAAACAAGAAACAAGAAAUGAUCAGCAAGCUUUUAGAACCUUGCAGUGUAUAUAGUUCAGGAUUUUUACCAUGCAGUCGAUGCAAGGUAUAAAUCUCUAUUCUGUGCAGUCAUUGUGCAUUUCCAAAUCUCCACUGUGCAGUCAAAUGACUAAAUCUCCCUGCUCUACACUUGGUGUGUGGUUUUAAAUCCCCACACACUUCAUUCAAUGCAGGAUUCUGGAUCAAUGCCAUGUGGUUCUGGUUCUUCCUGCAGUUGGGAUGUGGUUGUAAAUCUCUGUGCAAUCUGUAUAUAUCUCAAUGUCUGUACUGCCCAGUUGGUGCCUAGUUCUAGAUUUAUACAGUUAUGCAGUGCAGAAACGGGCCUUUUGGCCCAACUCGUCCAUACUGACCCAAACAAGUGCUGCUUGCCUGCGUUUAGUCCAUAUCCCUUUAAACCUUUCAUAUUUCUAUAUACCUGUCCAACUGUCUCUUAAACGUUGUUAUUGUACCCGCCUCUACCACUUCCUGUAGCAGCUUGUUCCAUAUACCCACCAUGCAAAUCAUCAAAGAGUGUUUUGGAUCUCUUGUGCAGUGUUUCUACAUCUCUGUACCGGACAAUCGUAGAAAAUUCACAAAGCAGAAAAAGGCCAUUCAGCCCGUUGUGUCUGUGCCAGUCAAAAAAUAGCUGCACAGCUACUAACCUCACCUUCUAGCACUUGGUCCAUAGCCCAGUUCAAGUACACUUCUGAAAUGCCAUGAAGGUUUCUGCCUCCAGCACACUUUCUGGCAGUGAGUUUCAGACCCUUGCCACCCUCUGGAUGAAAACCACACCUCAUCUCCCAGCUCAUCCUUCCAGCAAUAACUUUUAAUAUGUGACCCUUUGUUUUGACCCAUCUGCUCGGGGAAAUAGAUCCUUCCCAUUUACUGUUACAGGCACUUCAUAAUUUUACAUAUCUUAAUUAAAUCUCCUCUUAGCCUCCUUUGUUCUAAAGGAAACGAUCUCGACCUCAUAGUUAAAAUUUUCCAGUUUCCAGCAACUUCCUCGUAAAUCUCCUCUGCAUCAUUUCCAGUGCAAUCACACCUUUCCUGUACCAGCACGCAGUUUUCAAGCUAACUAGUGUUGCAUACCAUUCUAGGGUAGUCACCCUGCUCUUGUAUAUUAAAGGAAAGCAUUUCAUAUGCCCUUUUCAACAGCUUAUUAAUCUGUCCUGCUAUAUUCUGUGGAUCAGUGGAUAUACGUUGCGGGUUUCUUGCGUCUCUCCAUCCUUUGUCUUGUUUUACCUCCCCCAGUGCAUAACUCUGCUUUAAAUUCCACCUGCCACUUUUUUGCCCAACUAACCAGUUCUUCAUUGUCCUCUCGCAAUCUAAAGUUUUCCUGUAGCCCCACAGCUCAUUUUUGGAUCAUCUGUAAACAUCUUCAUCUGCAUUUAAAUCUAAAUUACUUGU